CUGACGUCUCUGUGCCACCCCACAGCCUCAUGAAGACAGACGGGGAAGCAGAUCUCCUAGAAGGCCAGCGUGUUGCCUAUUGCACGACUUCAUUCAGUGGGAAAUGGGAAGUUGUCGGGACUUUCACAUGCGAGUGCUGCUGACGGGGAGGAUCUCAGAGUUGCGUACGGGCGGAGCCACAGCCCGGCGUUAAAGAGUGGGAGGCGAGAUCGCGCGGAGCGGAGAGAGACGCCGGCGGGGCAAUGGGAGCACAGAAGAGCGUUGUGAGCGAGCGUUCCAGACUCAAGGAAAAUCACCAGGAAAAUGACCAGAUCACGAGCGCGCAGUACAGUUCCAUCUCCCCCCCUGCCUCACCCGUGUCGGAGGAGGAGCCCUUCUCCACAUACUUUGAGGAGAAGGUCCGCAUCCCAGAGGAUGUCAGUCAGUUUGGGUUCAGUUUCCGGAAACUCUGGGCCUUCACCGGGCCCGGCUUCCUGAUGAGCAUCGCCUACCUGGACCCGGGGAACAUCGAGUCGGACCUGCAGUCCGGCGCCAAAGCCGGGUUCAAGCUGCUCUGGGUGCUCCUGGGAGCCACCAUCAUCGGCCUCCUGCUGCAGAGACUGGCCGCGCGCCUGGGGGUCGUCACCGGCAUGCACCUGGCCGAGGUCUGCAACCGCCAGUACCCCACGAUUCCACGUAUCAUCCUGUGGCUGAUGGUGGAGAUGGCCAUUAUUGGCUCGGACAUGCAGGAGGUCAUCGGCUGCGCCAUCGCCUUCAACCUCCUCUCCAUGGGCAGGAUUCCUCUGUGGGCGGGCGUUCUGAUAACUAUCUUCGACACCUUCGUCUUCCUCUUCCUGGACAAGUACGGUCUAAGGAAACUGGAAGCCUUUUUUGGGUUUCUCAUCACUAUCAUGGCUCUCAGCUUUGGAUAUGAGUAUGUGCUGGUGAGGCCGGACCAGGGCGAGCUGCUGAAGGGGAUGUUCGUGCCGUACUGCGCCGGCUGCAGCGCCACACAGCUGGAGCAGGCCGUGGGCAUCGUGGGGGCCGUCAUCAUGCCACACAACAUCUACCUGCACUCUGCGCUCGUCAAGUCUCGACAGAUCGACCGCAACAAUAAGAAGGAGGUGAAGGAGGCCAAUAAGUACUACUUCAUCGAGUCGACCAUCGCACUCUUCAUCUCCUUUCUCAUCAACGUCUUUGUGGUGGCUGUCUUCGCCGAAGCCUUCUAUAACAAGAGCAAUUUUGAAGUGAAUGAAAUGUGUAAUAAGACAGGCAGUCCCCACACUGACCUCUUUCCCCUGGACAACAGUACUCUGGAGGUGGACAUCUACAAAGGGGGCGUGGUGCUGGGCUGCUACUUCGGGCCCGCGGCCCUCUACAUCUGGGCGGUGGGGAUCCUGGCGGCCGGACAGAGCUCCACGAUGACCGGGACCUACUCCGGGCAGUUUGUAAUGGAGGGCUUCCUGAACCUGCGCUGGUCGCGAUUCGCCCGAGUGCUGCUGACGCGCUCCAUCGCCAUCACCCCCACGCUGCUGGUGGCCGUCUUCCAGGACGUUCAGCAUCUGACGGGCAUGAACGACUUCCUCAACGUCCUGCAGAGCAUGCAGCUGCCAUUUGCCUUGAUCCCAAUCCUCACCUUCACCAGCCUCACCUCCAUCAUGAGCGAUUUUGCAAAUGGACUGUUCUGGAAGAUUGGCGGCGGGGUGGUAAUCCUGAUGGUCUGUGCCAUCAACAUGUACUUUGUGGUGGUCUACGUGACCACUUUGAACAGCGUGGUGCUCUACGUGUUUGCUGCGCUCCUGUCCUUCCUUUACCUCUGCUUCGUGGGUUACCUGGCCUGGCAGUGUCUGGUUGCCCUGGGCGUGUCAUGUCUGGACGUUGGCAGCAGGAUGCGCCUGGGCCUGACCGGGCACACGGACAUUUACCUGCUGAAUGACAUGGACCACGACGUCGGUGGAAGCGCAAGCCACUUACUUAGUGGGUCCCACCUAAGUGCAGACAUCGGACCACAUUUUUCGGGGGGAGCUGGGGCAGUUUCUUCCCUCCUUGCCUUAACUGGUGGUCUUCGGCACUAGAAACGGACGUCUCCUCCUCUUCUUCACAUUCCUUCAGGCAGCGUCGGCUGUGAUCGGUUCAUUAGUCAGCCAGCAACAAGCAUCUCUUUAUCUCAAGGGAAUUUGGCCGACAGGAAAAGAUUUUAAAAAGAAAACUGGGAUUUUACUGAGGUUUGUACAUAAUUUUCUGUUGAAACUAUUACAGGUUACAAGGCGCCUUUAAAAACGCUCUGCAGUCAUGACAUAAAAGUGUUGGAAUCAGGGUUACAGUGCAUGUCACACGGAAAUAUGUUACACGGAACAAUGAAUAUGGUGACAUGGAAACAUUUUUGGGGAACAAAAGACUUUACACAUCUUUACUUUCCAAUGUCCAAAGGGUGGAUAUUUUAGUCUUGGGGGAAAUAUAAAAACAAGUCAAUUGCUUUUUGGUGUACACCCGUGCUAGGUAUCUUAUCUGUGGCUACGUGUCAGAUAAACAUGGUGGCGUCUGGGCAUGAAGGCAUGGAAGAUGGGCACAACCACCAAAAUAGCUACAUGGCUAAACCCAGAGGCCGUAGAGUAAAUGCCACGGUGUGCUUGUUUGAACGAGUCCUUUAUCGAUGGAACAGUGUGAAGCUAGUGUUUGUUGCCACUGGUUCACAUUUUUUGUUUAUACAUGAAACAUUUCCAUUACUCUAUGCCCAGAUAGGUCACACUUAUAUUUUUACAUGCCACAGUACUCAGUACUGCGGUUUUGACUUAUUCCCCUUCUGGAAAUGAGGCCAGUUUUUAAGUUAAUAAGUCAUUCUGACUUUUUAAAAAUUUUUUAUAUAUUAUGUUUACACUAAUACUACAUACAUGAGCACAUGUGUUACAAAUGUAACAUAAUGUGGGCUGUUUCAGCAGUGCAAGGAAUCCCCGUGGGCUGCUGUGAUCAGACUUUGACCUGUCGAGUCUUUAAAUUACGGGUGGACAAAAAUGAACUGAACAACGGAGGGACGUAAACGAGGGCGUGUCCAUUCAGACAAGUACAAUAAUGGCAUUGGGAUAUAUUAUAUGUGUGUAAAUAUUCUGAAGUGGAAGUCUGGUUUAACCCUCUGGUACACACAUUCUUAUAACAAUAUAAAUGUUUUGUGGGGGGAGGGAAAUGAGAUACCAAUGUGGAUCUCUGUUUUUAUCGUGAAUACCUUUUACCGAGGUAUUCACGAUAAAAACACUCACGUGGCUAUCAGCACACAGCUGUGUUCAUAACACAGUAGAGGAAUGAAAACCAUGCUAAUUUAUGCUAAUGUGAAUAUCAUAAACAAGGCAUAUAAUGUGUGAUAAACUCUCCUCUCAGAUUACUUGCUGUAUGUUCUACCUGGUGAUUGAAAGUUGAAAUAAACCAGCUGAAAACAGA